UCAGGCCGCUCUCGUAGGCAGCCAACGCGAGGCUGAGCCGAGCUACUAGCGCUGAGUCUUAGCGCGUUGUGUGUGCGCCUCGCUUUCCUGCCUUGCUUAUCGCCUAGGUUAAAGCGAACAAUACAGAGAAUAAAAAAUGGCUAAAGGUGACCCGAAGAAGCCGAAGGGGAAGAUGUCUGCUUAUGCCUUCUUUGUGCAGACUUGCCGCGAGGAACACAAGAAGAAGAACCCUGAAGUCCCUGUCAACUUUGCAGAGUUUUCAAAGAAGUGCUCAGAAAGGUGGAAGACCAUGUCGAGCAAAGAGAAGGGCAAAUUUGAUGAAAUGGCAAAAGCUGACAAAGUACGGUAUGAUAGAGAAAUGAAGGAUUAUGGACCAGCAAAGGGGGGUAAGAAGAAGAAGGACCCCAAUGCUCCCAAGCGGCCACCGUCUGGCUUCUUCCUCUUCUGUUCAGAGUUUCGUCCCAAGAUCAAAUCCACUAAUCCUGGAAUCUCCAUUGGAGAUGUGGCAAAGAAACUGGGUGAAAUGUGGAAUAAUCUUAGCGAUGGGGAGAAACAACCUUACAACAACAAGGCUGCUAAACUGAAGGAGAAAUAUGAGAAGGAUGUUGCAGACUACAAGUCUAAAGGCAAGUUUGAUGGUGCAAAGAGUGCAGCAGCCAAAGCGGCAGCUGCAGCUCGGAAAAAGGUAGAGGAAGAAGAGGAAGAUGAAGAAGACGAUGAGGAGGAGGAAGAUGAGGAGGAGGAUGACGAAUGAGAAACUGUAUAAUAUUUGUCUCCAUGUGAAUACCAUAGAGUAGGGGAAACACCAUUCGGAAAAGAAAAAAAGUGCACCCUCUUAAUUGAGACGGUGUCUUAUUUGCCCUUUAUUAGGUUUAAUGACACAAUUUGGAUUCUGAUCACAACACCGUAGCUGCUUUGGGGGGGGAAAUCUUUAAAGUGCUCUAGGAAAAAAUAUGGAAAGGAAGGGGAAAAACCAAGCAAAACCAUUGUAACUGGUUUACAUUCAGUGGCCAUGGAUGUCGGAUAGGCACCCUGAAACUGUAACAAAGUUGUACAUAUUUCCAAACAUUUUUAAAACAAAGUGGAAGCAAAGUGUUCUCCUCAACUCUGUGCACUUUCCUGUUGGUGUAACAAAGCAUUUAAAAAUGUUUCAAGCAUCUUAUUUUUUAAUUUGUAAGGUGGUGUUUAACUAUAUGGUUAUUGGCUAGAACAUCCUGGGUUAUAAACUGUACAUAUCUAUAGUUUGUAAAAACUAGACAGAUUCUUGUGGUUCAUGCUUUGAGCGGUGAUGACCCUGGACGGAAAGGCAAACAGCUCUCUCCGUGGCGCGUUUCCAUGGAGGGGGAUAUGUCUCAGAGAAUGCACCACGAAAGUAGAUCUAUUUACACUACAGUGGGCGUCCAUUUAGCUUAAAGUUGUCUUUCUGUAUAUAGUGAAAUUAGCAUUCUGCGGCCAUUAGUUGUGGAACGGGAGGGGGGCAGUCCAGCUGGCAUGAGAAAUUGUAUGGAAUCCUUUUUUUUUCCCUUUCUUUUAGUUGAGUGGGGUAGUUUUUAAACGGAAGCUGUAGGUCUCUUCCUUGUCAGCUUAAAGAGAAGAGAGGGCGCAGAAAACCGAAGUUCAAAAACACUCUGUACUUAAAAGAGAAACAAAAUUUGCAAAGACGUUAUGUUGGUUUUUUGUAUGUUUAGAAUGCUGAAAUGUUUUUGAAGCAAAAAAUAAACAGUAUUACAUUUUUAAAA